GGGCCCUCUUGUCCGCCCAAGGUGAUCAAUGCUCUGCAAUCAAAGCACCACUACGGGGAGGGAGAAGCCCGCGUCAUUUGCGACAAGGUCCAGGCCAAGCUCCUGAAGGAGUGCCACGACCCCGCCAAGAUGUGCAUCACCGACCUGCGGAUCUCUCACUGGGAGGAAGCGAUCCAAGAGACAAUCGGGGGGGAGGUGAACCGAAACCUGGCCGCCGAGUGCUAUUUCUUGUGGAAAACCACCCGGCUUCAGCACCUGACCCUGGCCGAGGACACGCGGGGCAUGCUGACCGAGCUGCGGAAAGGGGUCCGCCUGCUGCUCCUCACCAACGGCGACAAGCAGACGCAGCGGGAGAAGAUCGAGGCGUGCGCCUGUCAGCCCUACUUCGAUGCCAUCGUGGUGGGAGGAGAGCAGAAGGAGGAGAAACCGGCGCCAUCCAUCUUUCAUUACUGUUGCGAUCUCCUGGGGGUGCAGCCUGCCGAGUGUGUGAUGGUUGGUGAUUCUCUAGAUACAGAUAUACAAGGAGGCCUGAAUGCUGGCUUGAAAGCAACUGUCUGGUUAAAUAAAGCAAUGACUACCCCGGUAGAUACCUCCCCAGUACCUCAUUAUAUUAUUUCUUCUGUUCUGGAUCUUCCAGCAGUUUUACAGAAGAUGGAGCACAAAAUUAAUGCUAAAUUAGGAACUGAGCAUAUGGCUAGUAAUAACGAAGCACAUUGA